GAGUAGUUGAGCAUUCUCUCAACAGGUUGUGUGCGCACAAGAAUACUAAAGUUAUAAAGUUAUAAUGUUAUGUGGUAUUUCUGAAGCAAUCGCAAAUAAUUACGAGCCAAAUCCCAUUUUGGAGAACAAAACACAACCAAACAACACCACUUACACCACAUUCAAUGAAUGUAUGUUUGUGCAAAAGCACAAAAUAAGCUAAGGAUGCAGUGGUUGCUCUCAAACAGCCCCAACAUUAUUAGCGUGUGCAUAGGUUUUAGCAGAGGCAGAACUCACGAAUACGAAUUUGCGAAAUUCAGUAGACAAUGAAAGUUUGACAUGGACCACUCGUUCGUGCGUAUCCACAAAAUACAUACAAUACAUCAAAUGUUUAAUUUCCGUUAAGCAAAAAGUUAAUUGCUCGAGAAUAAGUUGUGCAAAAUUGCUGUGUGUACUCGAAUGAAUUCAAUAACACAAUCUACGACGUGCAGUGUGUGAUGUAUUCACAAAUGUGUACUGAUAUAUGACUGAAGUACUAUUGACAAAUAUGCUAAACGACUUUAUUUAAACGUUUUAUAAUUGAAUCGAAUAAAAACAAACAAGAGACUAGUUUUAAUCAGAAAUACAUGAUUGUAAAAGAAUAUUGUAGAUGGAGGAUGUGUUUUGUUAUGUGCACGAGUCCAAACAUAUGUACCUAAAUAAUAUACAUCGGUGUAAAUAGUUAAGAAGCUAAUUAUUUGAUAGUGCGGUAAAAGGUUAGUGUUAAAAAUGUCGGACAUCGUGGAUACGGAAUUGCUAGUGAAUUGCACAAUACUUGCCGUGAGACGUUUCGGACUCAACACGAUUGUAAAUUCAUCUUUAUUGAAUACCCUGAAUCGUUCAGAAGUUAUCAAUCUACUUUCUGGAAUAAUAGAGAAUAAGGAAAACUUAGACAAUAUUAAUGAUGCAAAGGACUUUUUAACCGAAUGCUUAUUCCCGUCACCGACAAGACCAUACGAAUUGCCAUGGGAACAAAAAACUAUUUGGGCAAUUAUCUUCGGUAUGAUGCUGUUUGUUGCAAUUGCCGGAAACUGCAUUGUCUUGUGGAUUGUUGCGGGUCAUCGAAGUAUGCGAACUGUUACAAACUACUUUUUGCUGAAUUUGAGUAUUGCCGAUUUGCUGAUGUCCUCGCUGAACUGCGUUUUCAAUUUCAUCUUUAUGCUAAAUUCGGAUUGGCCCUUUGGUGCUAUUUACUGCACAAUAAAUAAUUUCAUGGCGAAUGUGACCGUCUCGACAUCGGUGUUUACUCUUGUGGCAAUAUCACUGGAUAGAUAUUUUGCAAUUGUUCAUCCUUUGAAGAGAAGAACUUCAAGACGAAAAGUACGGAUCAUUCUGGCCCUAAUAUGGGUUAUUAGUUGCAUCCUAGCAGCUCCCUGUUUACUGUACUCCAGCACAAUGACAAAAAGAUAUUACAAUGGGAAAUCGAGAACUGUGUGCUUUAUGAUGUGGCCAGAUGGACGCUAUCCAACAUCGAUAUCAGAUUACGCCUACAACAUUAUAAUCCUUAUACUAACAUAUGGAAUUCCAAUGGUUGUCAUGCUAAUAUGCUACACCUUGAUGGGUCGUGUCCUCUGGGGUAGCCGAUCUAUUGGGGAGAACAUUGAUCGUCAAAUGGAGUCGAUGAAGUCGAAGAGAAAGGUGGUGCGAAUGUUUAUCGCAAUCGUUUUAAUUUUCGCGAUUUGUUGGUUGCCAUACCAUUUGUUCUUCAUCUAUGCUUAUCACAACAACGACAUCACAUCGGCCAAAUAUGUGCAACAUAUGUAUCUGGGCUUCUACUGGUUAGCUAUGUCAAAUGCCAUGGUAAAUCCAAUAAUAUAUUAUUGGAUGAACAAAAGAUUUCGGUUGUACUUCCAAAGGAUCAUAUGUUGUUGCUGUUAUGGCGCAGUUAAUCGCAAAACGGAUUCUCCGAAUUUAAUCGCUAAUAAAAACAGUUUCCAGAAAACAAUUAAAGAGGGCAAAAACAUUUGGAAGCGGAGCACAAUGGAAACACAAAUUCAGGUGGCACAGACCUCACUUCGCGAAAGAAUCACCACGGAUAGAACUCCGAAUAAAAUCGUUGUGGAUUGUAUACAAGAGAAAGCCAAAGAUGACAGUUCUCCAAUAUAUAUGUCCACAAAAAGCGUGGCUGAACAACAGCAAAUUAUAAUUAAAUGUAUUUCCUGUGACGAGGACAAUAAACAAGGUAAAGAUAUUCAGGAAAAGGAUAAAAAGGACACACUCUGAUUGUAAAUCGGAGCAUUAAAUAUUUUUACAUACGUUUGUAUGUGUACAAGUAUGUGACUCUCUAAAUUUUGUAAAUUUCUUAAAUAAAGUUAUUAAAUAUUACACAUGCAGGUAUAUUUAAACUGCAUCUACAGAAGUACAUAUGUAAUUUGACUUAGUAUGUAAAUAGCUGUAAAUUAUUGAGCUUUAAAAGUAUAUAUAUUUUCAGAAAUUAUUAAAUGUAAUUAAAUAACAUAACAAAUUGACAACUCAAUUUUUAAGUAAUUCGCAUAACAUUUUUGUAUUAUUUUGAACCACAACCAUUUGGAUAUUAUGGUACACAUUUUAUCAAUUAAAUCGAAUACUAUAUACAAUUUAUCAAAAGUAUAUAAAUAUGUAUGUAAAUAUUAAAAUAAAAUAUUUUUAAGAUCAAUCCAAAGACAAAGUAAAUUCUUAUUUCUGAUAUAAAGUAUGUAUUUUGCAGAAAAGUAUUUCAAUUGAUUUCGGUAAACAGAAUAGUUCCAAUUAAAAAAAAAAAUUUCUAAUAAUUUCUCGAAAGAAAUAACAAUUUUGAAUUUGUAAAUAUUUAUAAUAUACAUAAUUAUUAUAGAACUGCAAAAAUAAAAAAAUUAAAGUAGGUGUGAAAAAUUUAAAGUCUAUAUCAUGGUUAUGGUUCAACAGAAACUAAUUAGCGCGAUGAAUAAUGCGUUAAUAAAUAAAUUAUUGACAAUUGGUGUGCCUCAGUUGUCUGAAGUUGCCAUUUAUGUUUCUAAUCUCGCACUAUGGCAUACAUUUAUCUUUAUAAAAAUGUCUACAUAUACAUAUUUAUCCUUUGAGAAUAAUGGUUCAUUAUGGUUUCUUUGAAACAAUCAAUGAAUAAAUAGGUUUAUUACUUGUGAGCGUUGACUUCAGUUGGCGUUAUCAGUACAUUUAUUAUAAUAUUCAAAUGAAUAAAGGUUUUUGCUUUUUUUAUAUUAUGGAACGAUAACAACGAAACUGUACACAUAAAAUGAAAGCAAGUGUAUAGAAUAAAUGAAAUUUGUUAAAAGUAUUGUAUUUACUUACGGCUCCAAAAUGGCAAAGUUGCAUAUAAGUUGUACAUAUAUUUAGAAGAUUCAAAUAAUCAUAAGAAGAUAAAUAAAUAACUAAGAAUAUAAGUAUGUAUGUAUAUAUGUGGGCGAUUAUACUUUGGUCCCGUACUGCUCAAAAUCAAAAUAUAUUAAACGAAAUUUGUAAAUACAAAAAAAAAGUAUAGUACAGUAACUGUAACUAGUCAUGUAUGUAUGUAAUACACAAAUAAUUUUAAAUUAUUUUUAUUAAAGAUUUUACUGAAUCUAAUGGAAUUAUUUUCUUUAUAUAUCAUU